AUGGCCUCGUCUAUCCCCUCGGCCGGUUUGCCCACGACCUUGGCCAGCAACUUGACUGAUUUUGCCGGCAAUGUCGUCAGCGUCAUCAGUCCAUACAUCCCGGAUGCCAUCAAGUCCAACCUGAACACGAUUGCGUCAUCCAAGCUGACACAGGAAAUGGCAAAGAGCUGGAAUUGGGCGGCGUACUCUUCCAUACUCAUCGCAAGCAUCUACGUGUUUGACUGGGGAGCGAAAUCGCGGCGCGACAAGAGGCUUCGCGAUUUUGGUUCCCCGCCCCCUCUGGUUCCCUUCAAGGCCCCGUUUGGAAUUGACUUGGCUGUAUAUUCAUUGUACAGAUUCUUCAAGUUCACAUUCUUCGAGCUAGUCAACAGUUGGCUUGAGGCCGUGCCUGGCCGCACCUCUAAUCCCGUUGAACAGUGGUCCAGUUUCGGAAGAGGCGAAGUCACCAAGCGUAUCUGGGGAGACAUGCUCGGGGAAACGCAAAUUUUUGUUGUGGACGGAGAAGACUGGCAUAACAGCAAAGAGCGCAUCAAGGGGCAUGUCAUGAAGAUGCGCUCAGACGAUCUUGAAAUCACCGAGAAGCACGCACAGCAGCUUUUUAGGCGCUUCGAUGUGGGAAAGCCCAUUGAGGUCUACGAUGUCGCCGACCGGUAUCAGCUCGAUGUCGUCUCCGAGGUCUUUUUCGGUGAGUCGGCCGACUCCCUCACUGGGCAUCACCCCUUCAGAGACCCCAUGGAGACGCUCCACCCAAUCAACACGGCACGAAUGCUGUUCGGAAAGAAUGCGUACUAUGUCAAGGACAAAUAUCUGGCUCCCAAGGCUCUGAAGGAGUUGAACGGCUACACCUCGGGCAUUGUCGACCGAGCGUAUGCGAGAGACUUGUCAAAGAAGUCUCCCGAAGACUACAACAUGCUGGAUGAUCUUGUGAGCCAGAAGAAGAGUGUCAAGGAUAUCAAAGACUCCAUGAUGACUAUCAUGCUCGGAGGAAAGGACCCCUCGGCCAUUCUCAUUGCAUGGGCCAUCUUCCUGAUGGGAAAGUAUCCCAAUGUCAUGAAGAAGAUGCAAGCCGAGGUCGCACGAGUAUCUGGAGACAAACCGCCUUCAGCAUCUGAUCUCAAGGAGAUGGUGUACAUCCGCCACGUCAUCAACGAGACUUUCCGAUUGUAUCACCCUCUCGGUAUGAACGUCAGAAUGGCUCUUAAAGAUGCUACAUUGCCGAUCGGAGGAGGAAAAAGUGGCAGAGAGCCCGUUGCAGUCCCCAAGGAUACAACCAUCAUUUACUCUCUAGGUGGUCUUCAGCGUCGCAAGGACAUUUACGGCGAGGAUGCGCUCGAGUUUCGACCUGAGCGUUGGGAGGGAGCUAACAUCAAUCGCUGGCACUUCAUUCCGUACAACCAUGGCCCUCGUCAUUGUUUGGGUCAGAAGUUCGGACAGCAGCAGAUGGAGUACAUCCUGGCGAGAAUUUGCCAAGAGUACCAGGAGAUUCGGAUUCCCGCGGGACAGCCCGAGCAGCAGAUCCGCAUUGAGCUGAACUUGAAGAUGGCGCACCCGUGCAUGUGUGAAUUUGUCAAGAAGGGCAAAGGAAACUAG